AUCAGAGAGAGAAGGAGAAGGAAGUCGGAGGAGAAUGGAGAGAUGUGGAAGAUCAAAGAUGAACAUUGCUAUCAUACACCCAGAUCUUGGUAUAGGUGGAGCUGAAUGAUUGAUUGUUGAUGCUGCUGUUGAACUAGUAUCCCAUGGGCAUAAUGUUCACAUUUUCACAGCUCAUCAUGAAAAAAAUCAUUGUUUUGAGGAAACUUGUGCUGAAUGGCAGAUAUGAUACUUGUUAAUAACAGAUGUACUGCAUCAACCUUUGCAAAUACAUUUAGGCAUCUUCAUGCAAAAGGAAUUCGACCAUCUAUUCUAUACCCAACAGUUAACGUGGAUCAGUUUGGCAAACUCAAUUCUUAUAAUGGAUAUGAUAAACGCCUUAGAGAGAACGUUGAGUAUUUGGAAGAGCUCAAAAGCUUAGCAGAGAGAGGAGUGGCCAAUUGGAUUAAUAUGGAUGAGCACUUUGGCAUUGUCUCAUUAGAGGCCAUGGUAGCUCAUAAACCUGUUAUUGCAUGCAAUAGCAACAGUCCUAUAGAAACUGUCAAGAAUGGGGUCACAGGAUUUCUUUGUGACCCUACUGCAGAUGACUUUGCUUUGGCUAUGGCUAAAUUUGUUCAAGAUCUUUAGAUGGCUAAGAGAAUGGAUGAAGAUGCUAGGCAGCAUGUUAUGAAUUCAUUUUCUACCAAGACUUUUGGACAGUGUUUGAAUCAAAUUCCUCUUGAUGUUGUUAAGAAUAAAGAGGACUAAAAACAGUGAAUGAAAGCUAAAGGCAGGCUUUUAGGAGAAAAUUUUGGAGAUUUGAGAUAUUAGCAUAAUUAUUUUACCAGUUGCUAUCAGAAAUACUUUUCUUUCUUGAGUUCUAGAGGACAUUGUAUCUAGGAGAUAUACAUGAUACAUUUAUCACUUAGGUCAACUAAGAUUCAAUGCCUUUGUAAGAUAAGUUACUGCCAGGAAAAUUAUACUCUCAUUGUUGAAGUUUAAGGUUUUGCUGAUUUAUUUUACAAUACGUACUCUUUUAACAACAAUGAUUCAUUGAGAAUCAUUCAUUAGACAAUAGUCACAUUAUAUCAAAUCAAAUACAUGUAUACUAAUUCAUGCAUCCUGCUGAGUUUUUGCUGUCAAACUCCCCACCGUUUUUGUUUUUUCUCAGUGUUGUCUGAGUUUCUUCCAUACUCACAACUGGUCUAUCCUGCAGAUGCUGCCAAGCAUUCUCAAAUCGUCUUCCCCUUUCAUUUCCUACAACAUUUUCUUUGUCUAUCCACUCUAAUUCUUCAACAUUUGUUCUCUACUCCUAUUUUGCUAUCCUUGGCAUUACUUAGAGAGAAAUUUCUGAAGGUUCACUUCAAAAAAAUUCCAAGGGAAAAUGGAUGAUGGGGAGUGAAUAGAAGCUCUAACCAAAGCAGUAGAGAACAUCAAAGUUUCUAGAGAUAAAUACCAAUCAAUCUUGAGCGAAGAAGUAGGUAACACAGAGUGAAGACAUGGCAGUCCUCCCAUCUUUGACAAGGUGAACAAACUCUUUGAGGAAGGGAGAACAAAGGUGGCUAUCUUUU